UCUCACCUCCUUCUCCUCCCAUCCACACACACGCACACACACACUCUCUCUCUCACACUCAGCAGAGACCGAGCAGGCAAGUCUGGCUUCUACCGACGCCGCGUGGAGACUUCACGGUGGAUUUCCCCCGAACAGAACCGAGCGCUACACCAUGGAAGAGCUGACGGCUUUCGUGUCGAAGUCGUUCGAUCAGAAGAGCAAGGAGAGCAGCAAAGAGAGUAUCACGUACAGGGAAGUUCUGGAGAGCGGCUUGGCGAGGGCGAGGGAGCUGGGCAGCCCGGAGUCCAACCUGCAGGACAUUACUGAGGGCGCGCACUGCCCCGUGCAUCUGUUCAAGGAGCACGUCGAGCUGGAGAAGGAGAAGCUCAAGGACUUUAGCGUUUCCAGAGGUUCCGAAGGUAUAUACGAGUGUAAGGAGAAAAAGGAGGAGGUGAAGUCAGAGGACGAGGACGCGCAGGGGAAACUCAAGCAGCGCAGGAGUCGAACCAACUUCACUCUGGAGCAGCUCAACGAGCUGGAGCGACUGUUCGACGAGACGCACUACCCGGACGCCUUUAUGCGGGAGGAGCUGAGCCAGAGGCUGGGACUGUCCGAGGCCCGGGUCCAGGUCUGGUUUCAGAACAGAAGAGCCAAAUGUCGAAAGCAGGAAAACCAGAUGCACAAAGACAUCUUUCCCUUCUCUCCAGGUGUGAUCCUGGGCAGCGGCAGUCACCUGGACGCCUGCAGAGUCGCCCCCUACGUCAACAUGGGAGCAUUGCGGAUGCCCUUCCAGCAGGUUCAAGCUCAGCUACAGUUGGACGGCGUAGCCCACUCCCACCCCCACCUACACCCCCACCUGGCCGCUCACGCCCCCUACCUGAUGUUCCCGCCCCCUCCUUUCGGACUACCAAUCGCGUCACUGGCUGACUCGGCCUCCGCAGCGGCAGCGGUGGCGGCGGCCGCCAAGAGCAACAGCAAGAACUCGAGCAUCGCUGACCUGCGACUCAAGGCAGGACUUCUACGGGGCCAGUGGCUCAGUCCACUCCAGGCACAGAUCACAUCCCAGGGACCGUACAAACACAUGUGGAUGUCUGUCUGAGGCGGCCCGGGCAGCAGGGCCGACGCUGGCCGCUGCCAUGUUGACAAGGCAGAGAGGGUUGCGGGUAUCAGACCCCAGGAACAUUCUCACCUUCACACUCUAAAAAAACUGCAAAAAAAAAAACAAAACAAAAAGGCCAUAUUUGUCUCCAACCACUGUGUUCCCUGCUGCUGCCGAGUGCAUGAUCUCUAACGGAGGACCGUCCUGGGACCGGCCUCCUUCCACACCUGACAGAAACUGUUUUUAACACUGCCACUCAGCCCUCCCACGCCUGCCGCAGGCCUCCAUUACCGUUCUUCUGGACUUGACAAAAGCAACAACUGAGAAGAAAGACUUGGACUUUUUCGUUUCUUCUCAGCGCCCUUUGCCCCCCCUCAACCCCUUUUUAUUCCGGAUAAAGAAGUGAAGAUUUUGCACUUCGGGUCUUGUACAUGGGUGUUUACAAAUGGCACUACGAGCAGAUACUACUUUAUUACCUAAAGGGGGUUUGAUAUUGUCAUGUGAUCAGCGAAAAUGGACAUUCACUUGGAUAAAGGGUAUAACAUGCUUUUUUAAAAAUUGUUUAACUUUGCCUUUUUUUUAUUUUAUUUUGUUGGGUUAUUCUGAAGAUGAAGGCAUCAGUCAAACUGAGAGGUGUGCAGUUUAAGUGCAAUACUGUAAAUAGCAACAACAACAACAACAAAAAAUAAAACAGCUAAGCGGUUUAUUCUGAGGCGAUUGUUUUGGUUUUCUGUUGGAACGUGAAAUUUGCCAAACAUGUUUAUGGAGAAUAUGAAACGGUGCCAUGAAGUGUCACUUUUACAAGGAGAUGAGCACAUUUAUUUGAGGAGAAAUAUUUUCAGAAGAGAUGAGAAGAGACUUCAAAAGGACUAAACAAGGUUUUGAAUCAGUUAAAAAAAAAAAACACUGGAAAAAUGGAAACUUGAAAUUUCAAUUUCAUUUUUUUCUCCAGAUUAAUUUAAAGUAGAUAAACAUUUUUUUUAUUUCAAGAAAACAACAUUCAUGUAAGUGGAAAAUUGCUUAAAUUUUUUUAGAAAACUCUGCCUUACGAUUUAAAUAUUCUCCUGGUGCAGGACCAUUCGCUUAAUUCUGCAUGCUCUACGUGACCGUUCCUUAACAACCCCGGUGAGCUACAAUCCUCCAGCAGCGCCCAAAAGUUCUCCGUCGUCAGGCCUCCACUUUGAUUUGUUCUGUUGUCAUUUUAAAUUAAACCUAUUUUAUUUAUUAUUUUGUCUAAAACUUUAUGAGAGAUGAAAGAGUUGAACUACAAGUGUACAUUUUUACCUGGCUUUGCAAUUAUUUUUGUAUUUUAUUUUCAAGUGUUGAAUUUAGGAGGUGUGGCUGUGGUGCAUUGUUUGCUUAAAAAAAAAUACAAAAGAGACAAAAAAAAACAAUAAAAUGUAGCGUGUCCGAGUUUACAAGCAUUUCAGGGAUGGUGGAAUUAACAAAGCUCCAUGGAAUUUGUUGUACCCAUUAAAAAUGAGUCAUUUCACAUGCAAGCAUGCCGAAUCAUCGUACAGUUUGUUUCCCCCUUUUUUUGAUUCACAAAAAUAUGAAUGUACAUCUUGUACAACUAAACUAUCAAUAAAGUUAUAGAUAUUUGUAUGUGCUCCUCCGGCAUGUGUUUGAUGAACCAAUGAUAGCGGUCAGUGCUGCAGCAUCUCAGCUAGAAG